ACCCCGCCCUGCUGACGCAGGGUUUAACCUCAGUGGACGGUGGCCGGAAAAGGACAAUGGUUUCCAUGUUAGCGACAAACGCACUCCAGGCAGCUCUCUAACCUGAUAGCUGUAAGACGGCUGAGGAGCGAGGAAGUAGUCAGAGAGAGCUGCUGCCCCAUAUAGAACAGGAGCCAUGCCGCGCCGGGGCCUAGUGGCCGGGCCAGACUUUGACUAUUUUAACCGUCGGUACUUCACGCCGUCGGAAGUAGCGGAACACAACCAGCCCGAAGACCUGUGGGUGUCUUACCUGGGAUAUGUGUACAAUCUAACGCCGCUUGCACAGGAGUUUAAAGGGAACAUACUGCUGAAACCCAUCCUGGAAGUUGCAGGCCAGGACAUUAGCCAUUGGUUUGAUCCGAAGACCAGAGACAUUCGCAAGCACAUAGAUCCGCUGACUGGUUGCUUGAGAUACCGCACCCCGCGGGGCCGGUUCGUGCACGUCCCACCUCCUCUGCCUCGUUCAGACUGGGCUAAUGAUUUCGGGAAGCCCUGGUGGAAGGGGUCGAAUUACCAGGUGGGGCGGCUGUCUGCCAAGACCCGGAACAUCCGUAUCAUCAACACUCUUACGUCGCAGGAGCACACGCUGCAGGUGGGGGCUCUGGAAUCAAUGUGGGAAAUCCUCCACCGCUAUCUCCCCUAUAAUGCACAUGCUGCCAGCUACACAUGGAAAUAUGAUGGGAAGAAUCUGAACAUGGAUCAUACCCUGGAAGAGAAUGGGAUCCGGGAUGAAGAAGACGAGUUUGACUAUCUUAAUAUGGAUGGCACACUUCACACACCUGCAAUACUGCUCUACUUCAACGAUGACCUCACAGAGCUAUAGGAAAGGACAUGUGUGUGCAUGGAACUCAAGACAUGUUUGAGUUUGCCUCUUUCUGUGCCUUGAGAAAAAGAGGUUUGGCUCUGUGAGGCCUGGGCCGAGACCUCUGUUGCCCUCUGGGAACUGGCCUGUGGUUCUUUCUGAAACGUAAGAGCCCUUAUCCCUAGCUCCUCUAUGAUUUGCUCAGAGAAUAUUGGUGGGAGGAAUACUAGAGGAGAAUUAAUCCUUAGAAAUGAUAGGAAGAGAGCCACAGUCUCUCAGUUUGGAAUGUGCAGAGGAGGUGGAGCUCAGGCAGAACUCUGAUAGUAAGAGAAAACACAGGGGCAUGAAAGGAUGGAAGAUUUUUUUUUUUUUUUGGCAAAGAUGAGAACGAGAUGUUUGCUGGAAGAUGGGAUUUACAAAGGCAGGAUCCAGAAAUUCCUAUCACCAACUGUGGUUGGUGUGGUUGAUUCUCUUUCUAAAGGUGGUUAGCAGUUGACAGCACAGGAAAAGUGAAUGGCUGUCAGUUCAUUCAGGAUAGAAAUUAUGCUGAGAGUUUUAUGCUUUUUAAUACAGCUAUCCUAGAAGGUGAAUACUGGUAAUGCUAUGUCCUUAGUUUAGAAGGUUCAGGAGCACAAAACCACAUUAGUAACCGAAGAGCCACAGUGCGAAUCCAGGCUCUUUUCCGUAUAAAGGGAUAUUCUCAGUAGCCUCACUCAAUGCUAACAUUUCUAAUGGCUGCUCUCAACCCAUGUGUUUGAAAUGUCAGCUUGUCCUGUGAUUGUUGCACAAUGGGGAAAUGUAGCCUAUUGUGUAGUCAGCAUUAACUCUGUUUGAAGGGAGUUGACUAGCAGAGCACUCUAGGGAUAGAGGCAGGGAGGCCGAAUUUCAGCCAAGCAUUAGCUACUGAGGCUGCUUCUUUGUUAAUAUUAUAGCACUUUCUGACUGUCCGGGGCAACAAGAUAGAUCUUUACUGACUCCAGGAGAAAUCAGAAUGGAGGAACAGCCCGUAAAUCAGAACACUGUAGUGAGGGGUCCAAAAGGGAGCAUGUUUCCCCUUUCACAUUAACAGAAGGCAAGGAAGAGAAGGUUGACUUUGUAAGGCGAUGAGGGGGCUUGAUGGGAUCAGAGAGAUGAGAGCUAAGGGAGGCAGACAACUCUCCUGGUGACUGGCUAGAUUUGGUUCCCUUUAUCCCUAGCAGGUGAGGGGAAUUAGGAAUAACUGAUAAAUUGAACCAGGCACGGUGGCUUUAAUCAUAGCACUGGGGAGGCAGAGGUAGGCAGAUCUCUAUGAGUUCAAGGCCAGCCUGGUCUACAGAGUUAGUUCUAGGACAGCCAGAGCUGUUACACAGUAAAACCGUUUUCAAAACAACGAAAAAACCAAAAACAAGCAAAAAGAAUAAGAGAUGAGUGGACUUCCCCACAGCAGUGAGCAAAAGUGAGUCAAGGAGACUGCCUCUUCCCAGGCUCGGCCUCAGGUUCCAGUGGAGGGUGAUGUGACCUUCAUGAGACCCUGGGUGGGUGCAGUGUUUUCUGAGAGGGUGACUGUGGGAAACAUGAACAUGGUGGGACCAACCCUGUUGAUUUCAGUGGUUUCUGAAUCCACUGAUGCUGAGGACUUUCACAUAGUCCCCUGCAAUCUAAAAAUCCAUACUCUGUUUGGAUCAAUCAGUUACAAUGUCUAGUCAGCUCUGAACUGAUAUUUGUGUAUUCUUGUUUGUUCUUUUAAGUCCUAAACUAUUGGAGAACCAGAGCCAUGUUGCUCCACCCAUGGCAUCCUCAGGGCAUGCACAUCUAGGAUGCAGUCAUUUUGCCCAAACUUGUCUCUUCCAGAGCAUCCUGCUCCUACUUUUACCUGGGAUGGGCUCUCACCUUCUAGCCACCUGCCUACUUCAGAACUUGUUAGAAACAUGCUCCUUUCCCUGUAUGUUCAAGCUCUCAUCAAUUCUGUCCCUAAAAUCUUUGGAAUCUGUUCUUUUGUCUAAUAACCAUCUUUAUUUGUCUCAACUGCUAGGGAACUUCUAGCUUUCCAUUGCCGUCUCGGCCUUAGCAAACCUAAACAUCUGACUUUCUGCCUCAGAUCUUCAGGGUGGUUCUCACACUUUUGGAAUAAAGCUCUAAAUUCAAGAA